AUGAUCACUAGAACAGCAACGUUGAAAAGCGAGAGGAAUAUGAGGAUCAGAGGAAAUCCUGAAGAUACUACACGACGACACGCCAUUGAGUACACUACUGAUCAGAGCUUGUGUGGUUUUGGGUUGAAGAAAUUGUUUCUUUCAAGCUUGGACAAUAUAGGGCCUCUUCAUAUGGUCGUCAUGGAGAGAGAUCCAGCUGUGAGAGAGAGAGAGCUCAGUGAGAAACAGAGAGAUGAACCCUCAAGCUUUCAGCGGUGGGACGACGCGUUAGAUAGCCCGCGGGGUCUGGGCUAAAGAU